UAUUAAGUUUUAACAGCAAAUCAAGUGGCCUGCAUGUGUAUCAAGUAAAGCCUGUUUUGCAUCGAGCAAAGUCAAUGGAAUUGUUAUUGUCUAUUUUCUUCGACUUUCCACUCAAACCACUACUUUGCAUCGCUAUUGGACUGUCGUUGGUCAACCAUCGUAUCUCGACAAAAGAUCUUCUUUUGCCUUUGUACACUUACGACCAUCAGGACAUUGUUCAUAUCUGAAGCUAUCCACUGUGCACUCAUCACUCAUUCAAGGAUACUUUAACUAUAGGCAAAUCUCAUCUUCAAAUCACUCCUCAGUUGCAUUCCGUUUCCUGGAAAUAGCCUGUGAUAAAUAUCAUUGUCUCGGGUCGACUGAAUCGUUAAUCUCUGCUAAACAUAGUCUUGUUAUAUUGUCGUCGUUGGUUCUAUUUGCUACUGCAGCAGAUCAUUGUUCGUCCUGGAAACGCUUUUGUCGCACCCCACUGACAUUCAGCAAGUCGAUUUACCUAUAGCCUGCUCAAUCAGUGCUUCUAUUUGCCCAAUUCUUGGUCAAAAAACUAGAUUAAAGUUUUUAUUCAGAUAGCACACAUCUAUCGGUUUUAUUCUAUGAUCCCUACAGCAUUCCUUCGUUUGACGUUCCUGCUGUUGGCAGGGUGCCUAUCGACCACAUUGGGUCAAGAUUGCGUGCCAGUCACUGGUUCAUCAGUUUGCAGAUGGUGGAGCGGGGCCCAAGUUCGUCCUUCCUUUGCAUCAUCUGUUUUUCAGUUUGAUUAUUUUGCCAUGACUUAUGCAAGUUAUGCUUCGCUAGACAAUCUUUACUGCAACUUUAAUAUGGAGAGUCUUCGGUACACCACUGCCAACGUGUGCAAUCUAAUGCUGCAUCUCCCUGAAUCUGUUGGUGGAUGCCCCAAUACAAACCCAUCUCGAUCCUCACAACGUCUGUGCUGGUACCAGUGCGAUGCAUUUUUAAAAACUUUCGAAACCCAGUUGAACGAUCAAUCCAUCUGCACUCCAACAUUUGAUUUCGCAUUGAUUCAACGUAGACAAAAUGCUCUACAUUUAUAUAGACGGCAAUGCCGUGAUCGGGAUUUCGUCGAUCAAGACAUUACAAACUAUGCUCCCUUUUGUAUCGAGUCUAAUUCUGAAAACUGUGGCUUUACUACAAUCUCAGCCAUGAGAGAAUACUGUAGCGACGGCAUUAAUCGAAGGUUUGAUCGCUGCUGUCAUACCGCUCUUUCGCGACAGGCUACGAUUUUUCCUAGGCCUACCAUUCCCAUACCUUCACCUAAUGGACCGGACCCAGGUACUCCUCCAUCUGCGCCAAAUGACCCAAGUGCUCCUGUACCUGAUCCUGGUUCUCCAUCUACACCAAACGGUCCUGCACCUGCACCUGGUUCUCCAUCUACACCAAAUGGUCCUUUACCUGAUCCUGGUUCUCCAUCUACGCCAAAUGGUCCUGCACCCAUUCCUCAGAGCCCGCCAAUUCCUGGACUACCUAAUCCCAGUGGUCGUGUUGCGACUCCACCCAUAUCUAACCAAGGCAAUCCUAAUAUCCCAUUGAAUUUUCCAAGCACCUUUCCCUCGACUGGAAAUGAUAAUUCCAAUCAGGUUAGUCCCAGAGCUGAUCAUACACAGGCCACCAAUACUCCAGCUUUGGAUCAGUCCGAUUCUUCGUGGUGUAAAGUAAUUGGUUCGAAUUGUGAAAGUGCUCUCGGUCUUAUUUUUGGAGGUGUUGUUGUAGUAUCUAUUUUCAUUACUGGCUUGGCCAUGUUUGUUCAUAAUUCAGCUGCUCAGAGACGGAAUGCCCUUCAGAAUUCACAGAAAACAGCCAACCAGCAUUUUAGUUUACCACCACUUGCUGCCUUGCCUGUUCCAGAACAACCAGCCCAAACCAAAACCAUGUACGGUUUAUUCACUCGCAACCCAAAGCUUGACAUUGCACCACCUCCUCCUCCAUCACCUGCUGCAGAUGAGCCCGUGGAGCAAGACCUACACAAGAUUGAUGUUGAAUUGCCUGAAGUGUUUGGUGUCAAUGUACCGUCAGCCGCGUUGCUCAAGAUUUACCGUCGAAACUACCUUGAAUUUGUUCCAGUAGGCCAAAUUAAACGAAGUAUUCGUUGGAUCAAGAGCAUGACAAGUGUCAGCAGUUUUGAAAGCUUUAGAAACUCGGUGUAUGACAAUUCUGAUGCGGUCAGUCUUCCUGGAAGUGUAUACUCUUCGGACUCGCUUUCACCAAGUGAAUCCCCAUCCAACGGACCACUUCGGCGGUCUCACGAUCUAGACUUUUCUCGUGGAUCUAUACCUUCUCGACAUAUCAGCGGACAUCGCAAUGAAUAUGUCACGUCCAAACCCAACAUUUCUAUUGCGGACCGAUCAUUGCAGGAUGUGCGUGCAUCUACAAUUUUGGUAUCGCUUCCCGAAGUAUUGUUACCCAAAGACUCGUCUCCAAUUGCGACAGCGGCGGCCGAGUCCCAUACGUUUGCUUCUCCCAUUGCAGCAGCUAUUGCAGAAUGUGGAUCAUCUAUAGAAUCCACUGAUGAUCAAGCAGGCCAUCUCCCACCCUUGCUUCCUGCCACAUCUGAUUUUGGAGGUGUAAAACUACACGAACCACACGUCGAUGGUCUACAACAGCUGCCACUUGAACCCCAUGUCCAAGAAAAACUAGAUCAAGGCCAUACUAUCUAUCAAUGUAUUUUACCUCUGACUUACACGGAUGAUCAAAACCUUGAGUUGAAUUUAGGGGAUCGAUUGGUAGUUUAUGAAACACUUGUUGAUGGGUAUGCCUAUGGUGAGAAUCUAUCGACGGGUGUCCAUGGGCGAUUUUCGCUAGCCAACAUCAAUAUAUUGACGACUGCCAAUCCAUAGGCUGUACACUUAAAGCACAAUUGGCUCGAGCUAGCAUCUAGCCUUGCAAGUAUAUUACUGAUUUAUAUUUUUGUGGCGAAUAAAACAUGCAAUGACACACUUUCAAACCAU